CACUAACACUGCUCAACACAAGUAUUAGGGUCCGAUAGAGCAGAGGACCAGCUUUAAUUCAACAGAGGACUGUCACAUGAUACUGAAUGAAUCACUGGAGAAAGUUUUGAAUUGGAUUCUAAAGAGUUGUUUUGUUCAAGAACGUAAAUAAAGUCUGAGCCAAUAGAUUGUCCAUCUCAAGUGUGGCAUCUCAAGUGGAGCAUGGCAGAUGACAGUUGUCCCCAAAUUUUUGUGGUGGACCAACCAACCAACAACACACAGCAGCCAGUCAGACAGAAACCCUUAUGGAAGAGGGCAAGAAAGAACCUUCUAUUGCCCCUAUUUGGUUUGGUCAUGUUUGGGCUUGCCUUGGAAGGGGUUUUUAUCUACAGACUCCACAAAAGGACAGAGGCACUUUUUUUGUCUCAUCAACAACUACAGAACCAGUCAAGCCCCCUUUCACCUACUGGCAAUACAUUGGAACAAGUGGGACCUAAAAUGUCCUAUGAGGCCCCUGCAGGGCUAUCGCAUCCACAAAAGGCAACAGAAAGAUCAAUGGCACAUCUUCAAGGCUCUAAUAGCAGUGAUAAAGAUGGCGUGGUCCAGUGGCUCAAAAACAGUGAUAGCUUCACCAGUAACAUAGAAUACAACAGCAGUGGGCUGCUGAUAAAGACUGAUGGCUUCUACUAUCUGUACUCCAAAGUGCACUUCAGCCAGGCAGAGGACUGUGUGAUGGUCAACCACAUGGUUAUGAGGAACACCACGGCCUAUGGGCUGCCCAUCGAGCUCAUGAAGUCUAAAAGUUUCCAUUGCCGUAAUGAGCGUCCAAACCAGAAGAGAACCAUGGAGCCAGAUUUGUGGAACAGUUUUCUUGCUGGAAUCUUCAAGUUGGAAACUGGGGAUCACAUUUUUGUGAUGCUGGACAGAGGGCUGCAUGCAGGACCAGCUGAUAACUUCUUUGGAGCUUUCAAGAUUAUUUAGUGUAAUGCAUGUUGUUUCUGUUUAGGUGUAUAUUCAGUGUGAUACACUUUGUGCCCUGAGAAUUUUAGUAUGUAAUAGCAUACAUCCAAGUAACUGAUAUUCAGAAUUAUUAUUUAUUAUUUGAAGUGAAAAUAAACAGUUCAAAGU